AUGUCAUCAUUAGAAGAUAGGCUUAUAAAAGUAGAAGACCAGCUGAGGGCGCUUCAAAUGAGGCAGGCGGCUGCAACUGCCCACCCAAAUACGCCGCCCAUCCCGUCACCCCCAGCAAUGAGAGUUAUAGAGUUAGAAUCGCAAGUUUGCGAGGGUGAGAAUUCUGUAAACGAUGUGAUGUCUCCUUCGUCUUCGACAGGAAUAGAAGCUACCAUAAUCACAUAUGAAAACGAUUUAUCUACUGUUACGACACCUACCAACUCAACGCAGCUCAAUAAUGCUGAUGAUGAUAAACUUGACACAAGUGGUAAAAAUAUUGCCAAUAAACUGAGCACGUUGUCUCCUGAAAUUGCAAUUGUUACUGAGAAGCUUUCAUGCGACGUUCUAUUUGAAGCUCAAAUAGGCAACAUCUCGAGGUAUACGAAAGUUAUUUUACAAGAUAGCCGUUCUCAGUAUCAACAUAUUCAAUCUUCGCAAUCGCAGCACUUUGAUUCUACGAGUACACGACGCGGCGAUACGAACGGAUGA